AUAUAAUAGCAAACUUACAACAAUUAUUUAACAUUUUUGAAGCCAUGAAGGAGGGACAGAGCACGGAGCGGCCCGGGAGAGCGGCAGAGCGGGAGGCAGACGCACGGCGGGCUCCCCGGGAGGGCUCUCCUGGCGCGGGGCGCAGCCCUUGAGCCGCCCGGCCUCGCCUGCAUCGCGGGGAGUGCAGCGUCGGCUCCCGCUCGCCAUGAGCCACCUCUUCGGUCCCCGGCUGCCUGCCCUGGCCGCCUCGCCCAUGCUCUAUCUGUACGGCCCCGAGAGACCCGGGCUGCCUCUGGCCUUCGCCCCCGCGGCCGCGCUAGCCGCCCCCAGCCGGGCGGAGCCCCCCCAGAAGCCGCCUUACAGUUACAUCGCGCUCAUCGCCAUGGCGAUCCAGGACGCGCCCGAGCAGAGGGUCACGCUCAACGGCAUUUACCAGUUCAUCAUGGACCGCUUCCCCUUCUACCACGACAACCGGCAAGGCUGGCAGAACAGUAUCCGCCACAACCUCUCCCUCAACGACUGCUUCGUCAAGGUGCCCCGCGAGAAAGGGCGGCCAGGCAAGGGCAGCUACUGGACGCUGGACCCCGGCUGCCUGGAUAUGUUCGAGAACGGCAACUACCGGCGCCGGAAGAGAAAGCCCAAGCCAGGCUCCGGGGCCCCAGAGGCGAAGCGGGCCCGCGCCCAGACGCACCAGCGCGCUGCAGAGGCGCAGCCAGAGGCGGAGAGCGGGGGCGGGCGUCCGGGCCCCGCCGCGACCCCUCGCCACGGGGGAGCGCCUGCGCGCCCCUCGCCCCUCCCGAGAGACCCCUCUCCACCGGCACCCCGCCUCUGGCUGGGACCCGCGUCCCCCCCGGACGAGGACGUGGACGGCGCGGUCCAGGGCGCAGCAGCGGUGGCCGUCGGCCAGCCAGCGCUCACGGCGGAGAGCCCGCGGUCCCCUCCACGCCCUUCCUCCCGCGGCUCUCCGAAAAGCGCCGACAAGUCCAAGAGCUUCAGCAUAGACAGCAUCCUGGCGGGGAGGCAGGGCCAGAAGCCGGCGGGAGGGGGCGAGCUCCUCGGGGGCGCCAAGCCGGGGCCCGGCGGUUGCGUGGGCGCCUCGCUUCUGGCCACCUCCUCCAGCUUCCGCCCGCCUUUCAACGCUUCCCUGAUGCUCGACCCGCACGUCCAGGGAGGCUUCUACCAGCUCGGGAUCCCCUUCCUCUCCUACUUCCCUCUGCAGCUCUCUGACACGGUGUUUCACUUCCAGUAAAGCAAAUGGUGCGCCGUCCUUUCCCCUGCCCCGGGCUGAGUCUUCUCUGGGCGACCGGCCGCGGCUCCCACCGGCGAGGGAAGGAAUCGUGUUCUUUUGAAAAAGGUCUUUUCCUCUAAUGACGGUUGGGGUUCUGGGAAGUAUUAUCAACUUCUGCGUGCAGGUGGGCAACGCUGGGACUUUCUAUGGCAACUAGUAGUGGCUUUGGAGCUUUAAAAACCCGGGUCCCCGCUGGGAGUUGGGCAUCGCUGACCCCUACCACUGGAGCAGGAGCAAUUCCUUGACCUUCAGCUGCCUAAUGGGGUCAUCUUUCUUACCCACAACUCCUGCGGCGCCCCAGCGCCCAGACAGGCGGGACAUAUGGACGCAGUGUGGUCGUUUCAAUCAGGGAACCGCCAUCUGACUGUUGCCAGCUCGGUGGUCCGUGCCUGGCCCGAACCUUGGCUUGAGCCGAUCUGGGUGGUGGGUGUCCCCAGCUGGGUUUCUCCCUGAGGUCUGGUUGUGGAGGCGCCAGGGGUGACCCCUGUUUUUCAGGCUCUCUCAGCGGUGGAGGGCCUGGCCAGGAUUUAUGACCGAUAAACCUACCAAGGACAGUAUAGUUUUAUUCUAAAUAGAGAAUUUUUCCCUUUCUUUCUGGACAGUGAAAGAAACAUGCUUUAACCUUUGCCUAAAUAUUUGACUCUUUCAUCAUGAUGAUUGCCCUUUGGAAGCAUCUAUAUUACUUUCCAUUAAGAAAGUGCACUAUAUAUAAUAUGGCAUUUUGUUGCAUUAUGAUAGGCAAUGCACUGUUUGCAUGUAAAUGACAAUAGCAGCCGCCCUGUCUUUUUGCUUUUGUUUUUCAGGGACUGAAGGAUUUCAAGGGACACCAGAAGGGCAAAGGGGGAGGGAAAAUCCCUUAGGAACCUCGGAUUUUUGAGUUCCAUGUUUUUUCAAUAUCUGCAUUUGGAGUUUGCUACAUUUUCCAGAAUCAUGUAGGGAAGGACUACUUUUAGUCAAACAAGUUUGGUGAAACAAACAAACAAAAAGCAGAUGGAGCCAGAGAUGGGUUAGUGGAGGUUCAGAAAUCUGCUGGUGUCUGCUGGAGGGGGCGCCUCUGCACCCCAAAGAAGAAGAGGCUUGAAGGGAGGGCUCUCCCACUGAGCUCCUCCCUCCGAGCCCCUACCCAGCAGGCAGCUAAGUAAACACCUUAAGGAGGAGAAGUCUGGGGUGGGGAGCGUGAAGCAGGGGUCUGCAACAAAAAUCUGGUUAAGAAAAGUGAGAUUUUCACAGCCUGGUUCAGCUUGGAACUUUGGGGAAAUGCACCCAACCGCCUAUGGUACUUCUAUUUGGUUAUCUAAGGGGCCCUGAAACUCGACCUCCUAAACCUCCAAGCAACUUUUAUUUUAUCUGAUAAGGGAAAGAUAUAAAAAGUCAUGAAUUCUUGAGAGUAGCAUGAAAGGGAUCUUCAGAAUAACUUUAAAAAUAUUUUCCUAGACCUCUGUAAAAGUUAAUACAAACUUAAACCAAGAGGGCCUGUUGGCUAAUACGUUGGACGGGACAUUACAGGCAAUCACACCAAUUUAAUAAGUAGCAGGCCCAGAGCUGGCUUUCUGGAAAUUCAUCCUUAAAGUCCUGCUGAACCAUCUGCUACUGACCCAGAAACAUUUAGAUGACCGUGUGUUCACCCAGACCGGUGGGAAGAGUUUGGGGAGCUGCAGAGUAUCCUUGAUUUUAGAACUUUGAUGAGACUGUCGUUGAGAUCCAGGUUCUCUGUGGUUACCUUAAAAUCUGGUGGACGGGCUGUCAUUGGAUAAUUGUUAUCCCAAACUCUCAGCCUCUAUGAAUAAAGUUGUGUUUUCAUUAACCUCUCA